CGGGUUGGCUUGGCGUUGUCUGGGUAACGGCAGCUGGGAGGGAAUUUGGACUUGUUCUGUGCGGAUCCCGACCCGGAUUCCUGUGCCUGCCUGCGACCUCGCCCUGACCGGAAGUCAGGGCAGGGCCGACCUCUGCGCAGGUGCAGGAUGCGGAGGUCUUCUGCCCACCCUGGUUGAACACGACACAGAGGCUCCGGUUUUAAUAUGCAGAAGCGAAGAGGAAGGACAGGGAGAGUCAGAAGGCAAAGGCGAAGUUCUGACACAAGAGGAGUGAACGAGAGCUACAGACCAGAAUUUAUAGAGCUGAGAAAAUGGCUGAAAGAUAGAAAGUUUGAAGACACAGGCUUAGUACCCGCCUGCUUUCCAGGAACAGGAAGAGGGCUGAUGAGCAAAACGUCACUGCAGGAGGGACAGAUGAUUAUCUCAUUGCCUGAGAGCUGUCUGCUCACCACGGACACCGUGAUUCGAAGCUCCUUAGGGCCCUACAUUAAGAAGUGGAAGCCUCCUCCAUCUCCUCUGCUGGCCCUGUGCACUUUUCUCGUCUCAGAGAAGCAUGCAGGCGGUCAGUCCCUCUGGAAGUCCUACCUGGACAUUUUACCCAAGUCGUACACCUGCCCGGUCUGCUUGGAGCCAGAAGUGGUAGAUCUUCUGCCCGGACUUUUAAAGGCGAAGGCAGAGGAGCAGAGAGCCCACGUGCAGGACUUGUUUGCCUCCUCCAGAGCCUUCUUCUCCACCCUGCAGCCUCUGUUUGCAGAGUCUGUGGAGAACGUUUUCAGCUACAGCGCCUUCCUGUGGGCCUGGUGCACCGUGAACACCAGAGCUGUGUACCUGAGGUCCAGGAGGCAGGAAUGCCUUUCCGCAGAGCCAGACACGUGUGCUCUUGCUCCGUACCUGGAUCUGCUGAAUCACAGCCCACACGUCCAGGUGAAAGCAGCGUUCAACGAGAAAACCGGCUGCUAUGAGGUCAGAACAGCCUCCGGCUGCAGGAAGCACCAGGAAGUGUUCAUCUGCUACGGCCCCCACGAUAACCAGCGGCUGCUCCUGGAGUACGGCUUCGUCUCCUUCUGCAAUCCUCACGCCUGUGUUCCUGUCCCAGGAGGUCGGUGUCGCCCCCUCAGGCGGUGCUGUCCCGAGGUGGAAAGAGAGGCCCUACACGCAACGCUCACUUGUCCCGGGCAGCGCUAGCCUGGCCUUCGCUGAUCGGAAUCUCUGGGUUGCAGUCAGACCUGCAGAACUGACGGAUACUGAGGCCGGGAUGAGCUGAGAGGGUCGAGUGGGGGGGAGCCAG